AUGGUCGCCUUCACGCCUCUCCCACUCCUCACUCUGCUCGUUGCGGCCCUCGGCCAAGCCGCCGCCCAAACCAACACCCCAGCCUCGACGGCAUCGCAUGUGCCAUUGCUGGUCCCCGUCGUUCCGGACACCUGGGUUGCAGCGCCCACCACUGAAGGCCCGCUUUCCAACAACAUCUACGGAGCGUACUGCACCAAAGCGCGGGGAAACUUCUCCGUCGACGCCCUCACGAAAGCGUACACGGCCUUCUGCCACGGCGGCUUCGCGCACACCUCCUUCCAUGGCUCGGUGGGUGUAGGCGACGGCUGGUUCCUCACCUACGGCCCGGGGGACGGCUAUGCGGACGAAUGGUACUGCGGCGAAGGAUACCGCUGGAUCGUGGAGCGCUGCGCCGCAUACGGCAAGGGCGGAGCGUUCACCGCCAACGCUGUCACGUUCCGCCUUACGCGCGGCCCGCCGCGCACCGACCGUUGCCGGACUUCCGGGAAGAUGCAGGGGAGCACAGAGCUGAUGGACUGUUCUGAGUGGGAUUACAACUGGUUUGACUCGCACAAGUCGGCUGCUUGA